AUAUUUCUAACCUUCAAUUUUUCAAUACAUUUGCCGGGGAGUCGAAGAAUCACGACAGUGUAUCGAAAUAAUCAACAUGAUUUUGAUUUAAAAAUAUUAUUUUCACUGAAUAUUAUUUCUAAUUUUUUUUAGAAUCUAAUUUAACAUGUCCUUACUAAACAUUUAUCACGUGUAAAUACAAAUUUAAAAAAAAUUAAAAAGUGAUAGUUGCCGCUAAGAGGUUAAAUCAGUACAUAAACAAUAAUUUGUAAAUAGUUUAAAAAAUGUCUGACGACGAAGAUUUAGUUUAUGUAAAGAAAACGAAAACUGUUCACUAUGGAUCUUUCGAAGAAGCUGAAAGAAUUCGUUUGGCAGCAGCAGAACAUGCAGAUGAAGACAAAGAUGGCUCAAUUACUGGUAAUGAAUCAAGUGCUCCUGCUGCGGUGGGAAAUAUUCACAUUUCAAAUGAAUACAUGGAACUGGAAGAUGAAAUGUCCAAGGAUAAACAAGCUUUAUUGGAAGAAUUUGAAAGAAGAAAAAAAGCUCGACAAAUUAAUGUUUCAACAGAUGAUUCAGAGGUGAAAAAAAAUUUAAGACAAUUAGGUGAGCCAAUAUGUUUAUUUGGAGAGGGUCCAGCUGACAGAAGAGCAAGAUUAAGAGAAUUACUUGCUAGUCGAGGGGAAGAUGCGAUCAGAAAGAAGCUUGAUGAUGAAGAUAAACCAUUACACAUUGUGGAAAAGGAAAUUGAAACGACUUGGUACCAUGAGGGACCAGAGUCGCUACGGAUAGCACGAAAAUGGAUUGCACAUUAUUCAUUACCUAGAGCGAAAGAGAGAUUAGAAAGAGCAAGAGAAGAAUUAGCACUUCCUGGAGCAACAAGAACUGCUCGAAAACAAGAAUUGUUGAAGAAAAUUCAAAUAUUAAGCAUUUACUGUUCACAAGUUGGUGAUACAAGGCCUAUUUCGUAUUGCCAGUUUAGUCCUGACUCAAAACUCCUAGCUACCGCUUCAUGGUCAGGCUGCUGUAAAUUAUGGUCCGUACCUGAAUGUACACUUUUACGUACACUCAAAGGACAUAAUCGUUUAGCUAGUUGUAUUAUAUUUCAUCCAAAAGCAACCAUUACAGAGGACGUUCUUGGUGAAAAUAGUAGUCGAGCAUGUGUUUUAGCAAGCUGCGAUGCUGAUGGAAAAGUUAAGCUAUGGGCUGGUGGAACUAGCGAAGAACCUCUUGCAGAACUUGAAGGUCAUGAGAAAAGAGUUUCCAAAAUUGACUUUCAUCCUUCUGGCCGAUUUUUGGGAACUUGUUGCUAUGAUUCUUCAUGGAGACUUUGGGAUCUUGAACAGCAAGAAGAAGUUCUUCAUCAAGAAGGACAUACCAAGGCUGUCCACUGUAUCAGCUUCCAAGUUGAUGGUAGUGUAGUAGCUACUGCUGGCCAUGACUGCUUCGGUAGAGUCUGGGAUCUCAGAACAGGAAGAUGUAUUAUGUUCAUGGAAGGUCAUUCAAAGUCAAUUUUUGGAAUUAAUUUCUCACCUAAUGGCUUCCAAAUGGCUACAGCAAGUGAAGAUAACACUUGUAAAAUUUGGGAUUUACGAAAACGCACAUGUUUGUACACAAUUCCAGCUCACACCAAUCUCUUAUCAGAUGUCAAAUAUCAACGAGGUGAGGGUCAAUAUCUGAUUACGGCUUCUUAUGAUAACACUGCUAAAAUCUGGUCUAAUAAGACAUGGCAGCCAUUGAAAACUUUGCAAGGACAUGACGGCAAAGUUAUGUCCGUUGAUGUUUCUCCAGACAACAAAUUUAUCGCAACAAGUUCGUAUGAUCGAACGUUCAAGUUUUGGGCUCCAGAAGGCAUGUGAUUGUCGUAAAUUUGUUUAUAAAUAUUUUAUAUUCUGCAGGGAAAAUAAAUUUUUGAAAUAUUCUUA